GUCACUACAGACUUUUAUAACGGAUGUUGCAUGAUAUACCAUUGUCAAGAGGAAAAACAACAAUUGCUCGGGCAUAUCAAUGCUUUCCAAUAUGACCGUCGUGGCUUUCCAUCUUAACCGCCGUGGGUGUUUAAGUUUGUGCAGCACGACGAAGCUUCCCGUUUAAACGAGCGAUCUUUAAAUUUUUUGGUGCGCUCUCCCGACUCCAGCUUUCUCGUUUACUUUUUGUUGCGUGCCAGUCAAACGACACCAGGCUUUUAAAUAAUAAAACCAUCGUGUACCAGAGGAAAUAUGCCGGAAUACGAAAAGUUGAGGCCUCUCUCCAACAUUAAGUGGCGCACAGUUUUCUGGGCAGUCAUACUGGCUUAUUUUGUGAAUAAUGUUUUGUGGCCAAAGAUAGUCAUAUCAGGGUUGCGGUACACUAUCAAAAACGUCCGUCCAGGGGAGUGUCACAAAGUGAAAGGGCUGGUAAAUUGUGAGGAUGUUGUCAUAGAUCGAUCAAGCGGAAUAGCAAUCCUGUCCUGCGACUCGAACCGUCGCCAAUGGAAUCCGGUCAUGGGUAUCGUGCCAAAAGGGGGAAUUCAAAAAAGUGGAGAACUAUACGCAUACGACGUAAACGAACCAAGUCACAAACCGCAACGACUCUCUACUCCGGACUUUGUCAGAGAGUUCCACCCACUCGGACUUUCCCUGUAUACCCUUCCCGAUAAAACGACACUUCUCUACGCCAUUAACUUGGCAAAUGUCGGGUUUUCCAUUGAGAUCUUCUCGGUUCAUCUACAUAACGCGACACUCAAGCAUGAACGAACGAUCUCACAUCCACUCAUCACAACUCCGAACAGUAUCACCGUCGUCAAUGAUAGCACCUUUUACGUGACCAACGAUCAUGGAUUCCCAAGCGGCUUUCUUCAUGCUCUCGAAACGUAUUUGGGGCUCCCGCUCUCCAAUGUUGUCUACUAUUCGGAUGGGCAAGCUAGCGUCGUUGCUACCGGACUGGUUCACGCAAACGGAAUUACACUGGAUCAUGAAAAGAAGCGCAUGUAUGUGUCAGAGUCAUUGGCCGGUCGAGUAAGCGUCUACCGUGUUGAUCGGAGCGGUAGUCUGGAGCACGACAGUAGUGUGGAUGUUGGCUUCGUGACCGACAAUUUGGACUUGGAUCCGGCAACGGGUGAUGUGACCAUUGCUGGGCAUCCAAAGCCGCUAGCACUCGUAGCGUUUGCAAAAUGGGGAGCUGGUCCAAGUGGUAGCAUUGUGAAACGAAUCAAGGAGCGCAGUAUCAACGAUGGAAAGGUGGCUAAGGAUGAUCAGAACAACUGGGAUGUCCAGACAGUUUUUGAGGAUGAUGGCAAUUUUCACCCUGCAAGUUCCACUGGGGCGUUUGUCAAGCGCAAGGAUGGUACGACGAGAAUGAUCAUGACAAGCUUGUAUGGAGAAGACGCAUUGACGGAUUGUAGUACAGAUAAUCUGUAGUUCAUUUGCUUGCCCACAAUUGUAUUUACAUAUCGCGAAACAAAAGGUUUAAUGUGCAAGAAGCAACAGCGGAGCCAGUAGUUGGCGCCCUUCAAACUUUUUCA